AUGAUGGACACAUUUUCGGUUGUUUGUGCACUGCGAUUUGGUCCUCUGAGCGGACAAAAUGAAAGAAGAUAUAUUGAAAUAAUACGACAAUGUAACACGAGCUGCUACACUGACAUAAAAUUGCUCAAAGAACCAGUUCGUGUAAAGAUCCAACGUGGCGUACGGCAAGGCGAGGUCAUCUCUCCAAAACUAUUCUCUGCAGCUUUAGAACUUGUAAUGCGGCAAAUCGAGCUGCCUUGUGGCAUUGAGAUAGAUGGCGAAAGACUUCAAUACUUGAUGUUUGCAGACGACAUAGUCUUGAUUGGAAGCGAACCGAGUGCACUCGAAAGCUCCCUGAAUAUUUUGAGCGAAGCCUCCCAAUCCAUUGGACUUGUAAUACAUCCAGGAAAAACCAAAUGGAUGAAAAACAACUACACAAAUGACUAUCGUUUAUGCAUGAAAGGAUCAGUCAUUGAGAAGUCUCAUCGUUCACGUAUCUUGGCCAAGCAAUAA